AUGAACCAAGGCGCUGGGCCGCCAGCAGCGGCAACAAAUAAUGCGACUGCAGCCCCCGACCCCGCAAAUGAGGUGGCCGCUGCGGCAGCCAACGCGGCGGACUGGAGCGACUCGGCCGACAACUCGAACUCGCAGGAAGACGAAAGUAUUCCGCCGCCACAGGGACCGUCACUCUCGUACGAGCGCAAGAUCCGUCUGCAUAAAUACGCUGAAAACCGUGCUCGCUCGUGCCUCGGCUUGCUGUCCGACACGAGCAGCGCGCUCUGGAAGGUGCACGACUGCAAGAACGACAUCGGCGUGUACAAGCCCAGCUCGGAUUGGUCCGAGUCAGUCUCAGCCAAGGCUGUUGUGUUCGCAAACGCGGCCUUCCCGAAUGUACUAAAGACGAUCUACGAUCUGAAAACAUCCGACAAGUUCAAGCUCUUCAUGCGCAAAGUGUUGGGCGACAUGUUCCUAGAUGCAGAAGUGCUCGAAGAUCUCAAUGGCACUGGAGUCUAUCCGAGUGCCAACCCACCUCGAGACGCUCGUGAAAUGUACAAGCAGGCCGCCAUUAAGUGGUGGGCCAUCAAGUCAGGCUCCCUGGCAAGUAAGUCUUCCGACUUUUACGUGUUGGAGUAUAUUGGCAUCGAGACAUCCGGUGGAGAUAUCGUGGCAUGCUAUCUCUUCCAGGAAUCGCUGGCGGAGGUGGGCGGGAUGCCUCACAUCCAGGGGAACAAUCUGGAGCGCUCGCAAUUUGAUGCUCUUAUCUGCAAGUUCGAGCGCACGUCGUCGCCAGAUUACAAGGAUGAUUUUGUCACGAUUUCUAUCGCUUUCCAGCGGCCUCCACCUAUGGUCAGCUUGUUCCGCAGCAAUCCUGCUGUCGAAAUGGUCACGCAGCUUGCGCGCGGACUACGUGACUUGCUCGAGGAUCCUCCUGAGCUUCAAGAAAUAUCGGUCGUCAAGACUUCUGCUUGGGUGAAAGACAAAGAACGCCGCUUCUGCGUGCUGUGUAACAAGCGCUUUUCGCCGAUCUUCCGUCGUCGUCAUCACUGCCGGACUUGCGGCGAAGUGAUCUGCUGGGCGUGUAGUAGUACUAUCCGCGUGCCUUCGAUUAGCUUCACGCACAAUGAUACAGGUAAGCAGGUUCUAUCGCGUCACCAACCGAGUAUCCGUGUGUGCAGUAAAUGUGUGGUGUCCCAUCAUCGGUCAAAGAGCGGCAGGGAGCUGAGUAACCAGGAGGAUUUCAAGGAUUGGAUUCAACGCAGCACUGAGCAGCAGCAACUUGCUGUCGGUGCUGAGACAGGACACUACGCAGCACCUUCGCCUGCACCAGUGCCUUCGCAGCUUCACAAGCACCUACUCAGGAGCGACUGGAAAACCCUCGAUGAUAGCAACAGUGCAGUUGUCCACAGCGCCACAGCUACGGCUGAGCAGGCAUGCAACGUGGCGUCCAAGCACUAUGCAGUCGUGUACGUCGAUCGACACUCGGAAGUCAGUAUUGAACGCGCAACCGGUCAUGGUCGAGAUAACCCACUGAGCAUCGCCAAGGCAGCUCCCAAGAAAAACCCUGAUAGAAGUCGCUCGUCCAGUGCUGGUCGUCGUGCUCCAGUAGCAAACCCUGUGAAGCAAACGGCCCCACCAACUCAUGAUAACCAGGAAGAAACAGAGCGGCGUUCCAACUCGAUGGAGAGACUCCCGGUGCAGAACAAUACUAGUUACGUCCAUGCAGCUUCGGCGUGGGCAACAAACAAGACAGAAGCUCUCGCUAUGACUGGAGCCUUUCAAGAACUGAUGACAAAGCUCGGAGGUGAUGUCCAUUUUGUAGUUGUUGGCUUCUCAACUGGCUUCAACGCCGAAGUGAUUGUGAACCUUUUGCGCCAGCUAGCUCCAGGAGUUCCCUAUAUUGGCGGCACGAUCGCUCGUGGGAUGUGUGACGAAAAUGCUUGGGUGUCUGUGAACAGACAUAACGAUGAAGGCCUCGUUACUUUGUGGGGAGUAAAUGAUCCGCAUGGGAUUUACUCCGUAGUCCACGCAGAGUAUUCGCAGAGUGAUGCCCAUGAGAAGACAUACGCUGCAGCUAAGACUGCCUUUGCCCGCGUGGCAGGUGAUGUUGAUGCCGGUGAAAAACCAGCGUUCAUUGCUGCGUACGCUUGUCCUCUGUUUGUAGAGCAUGCUAUUGACGGUAUCCGCGAGGCGAUUCACUGUCCAAUUAUUGGAGGCUGCUCUUCAGACGCUACGAGACAUGGUGAGGGUGAAGUAUCAGUGUCCUGGAUCCAGAUCAGCAGUAGCAGCAGUUCUGAUUACACGAAAAGUGUCCGGGACGGACGAGGUGACUGGACUGAAAUGGGCAUCGCGUUUGCGCUCUGCUUCCCCAGCGUGGAGACGUAUGUGAGCUGGUUUAGUGGCUACAGUCCGGUUGGAGUUAAUAGCGAGUACUGCAUGGGCACGGUGACGAAGGCGUCAAACAAGACCAUCUACGAAAUUGACUGCAAACCUGCGGCCGAAGUCUACCAAGAGUGGCUCGACGUGGCAUCAGACAAGAGUCAAACUGAGCUCUCGUCGAUCGGGUUUCCUCGACUCGGUAGUCUGCACCCUUUAGGUACCACCAUCGACUUCGUCUCAAAUCAAAUGGAGAUAGACCGUAGCAUCGACGCGAACUCUUCUUCUUCGCUGUGCUCCAUGCAAUCAAGCGACUGGUCCAAACUCAUCAACAUGACCGCGGUGAUUACUGGAAUCAAUGAGGACGGAUCGCUUAGUACGACGAGUUCAGUUGCGUCCGGUACCAACGUUGUGCUCAUGGAGACAUCUGCGCAGUCAUUGAAAACUGCAAUCAACAAGAUGGGAGCGCAAGCCGUGGAAAGCAACAAGUUCUACAUUCACGAGACGAUCGGUUGUCUGAUGUUCUUGUCGGCCGGAGUCCAAGCUCUGCUGGGCCACAAGAGCAUGGCUGAGAUGAUGGCGCAAGACGCCGCGAGUCCCCGUCGCCAUCGGCGGCGGCGCAGUAAAAGUCGCUCAUCGCGUCGCCACUCGUCAUCAUCUCGUCGCAAACGCUCGCGCUCGCGCUCGCUGUCGUCGCAUAGUGCGUCGAGCGGCGCGUCUCGCUCCAGUUCGCGAUCUCGGGAGCGACGCCGCUCGUCCAAAUCUGGCGACAGACACCGCCGCAAACGCUCCAAGACGGAGCGGAGGGAACGACGUCGUUCGCCUUCACGCUCGCGCUCUAGAAGUCGCUCAGAGAGCAGACGUAGUAGCUCCAAGAAGAAGAGAGACAGAAGCCACAGGGGCGGACGCAAGAGUAGCAGCAGACGCAGUAGAAGCAGGAGCGAGACGAGAGCUGAAGCUUCGAGACGAAAGCGAUCGGAGUCUAAGGAGGAGAUUAAGAACGAUGAGAAGCGUAAGGCCAAUGGCCACGUUGAGCACGCGAAACCACAAGAGAAGAGUAGUGGCUCUAGCUCUGAGAAGAAGAGAGUAGCUACAGAUCCCCCUGUCGUCACUGCACCAGUAGCUGGUGCGACGUUGAAGAAAUUUAAGUUUGGCGGCAUUUCGCUAAAGCCUGGCAACGCGAAGAACGUGGUGAAGAAGAAGCCUGCAGUUUUAUUUAGCGCACUGAGUGAAGAUACCAACCCGCCACCUAAUGGCGAGAAAGAUCCUAGUAAGAAACAUAAACUUCUUCUUGAAGAGCAGAAAGAAGAAGAGAAAGCCAAGUUCCUUGCAGAAGAAGAUGCUGUGCCCAAGCAACUGGAUUUACACACAGAAGAAGAUGAAGAGAAGGGUGAAACAGCAGAAGAACGUAAAAAGCGAGAGCAAGAGGAAGCCAGGCAACGCGAACGGGUGCAGAAAGUGGUGGAGGAAGUGGAUCCUCUGGACGCCUAUAUGGCUGGACUGGUGGACGAAUCAGCGCGUGCUAACCCUGCAGCUAACGUGAUCUCGCAGUCGGAAAUCGAAGCCAAGGGCAAAAUCAAUAUUUAUGGCACAUUCUUGCCGCCUGAAGCUGCAGAUCAGGCGGGUGCAGUCGUGUCGACACCCUCUGCUGCUACUCAAACGACGACUAAUGUUGACAAGGAGACGCCAGAAGAACGUGAAGCCCGUGAAGAGCGUGAACUGAAGGAGUUUAUGCGUGCAAUUAAAGAGAAACGCGAACAAGAGACCAAGGCUUCUAGUAAUACAACAGCUGCAAGCAAUGGAGCAGAUCCUGAAGAUCCGUUGGUAAAGAAAAAAGAUACGGGGCGUAUCUACCAAGGGUUUGAAGAAGACAUUAUCGGCGAAGACUCCGAGCUGAUGGAUCAGCGUUCAGCUCUCGAGAUUCUUCAGGAUCAGCAGAAGAAGAAGGAGAUCAAGCCUGUGGAUCACUCCAAGAUGAACUAUAUUUCGUUCCAAAAGAAGUUUUACGUGGUGCCUAAGGAAAUCAAGGAUCUGUCGGAUGAAGAGGUGGAAGCACAACGGAAGGUGGCUGAGAUGAAGGUUCGAGGAAAGAAUUGCCCGCGUCCGUUGCAGAAAUGGACCCAAUGUGGCUUCAGCGUCCGCAUGCUCCAGCUGAUCAAAAAACACGGCUACGAGGAGCCGUUUGCUAUCCAGAAGCAAGCGCUACCUGCUAUUAUGUCUGGACGUGAUGUCAUUGGCAUUGCGAAAACAGGUUCAGGCAAGACGUUGGCGUUCCUGCUCCCCAUGUUCCGUCACGUUCUUGCUCAACCUCCCCUCCAAGAAAACGAAGGCCCCAUUGGAAUCAUCAUGGCACCUGCGCGAGAACUUGCUCAGCAGAUUUACGUGGAGGCUCGUAAGUUCUCGAAGGGUCUUGGACUGCGCGCUACUGCUGUGUACGGAGGAUCGUCAGUCUCGGAGCAAAUUGCGAACCUGAAACGCGGCUCAGAUAUCGUUAUCUGCACGCCAGGGCGAAUGAUCGAUAUCCUGUGCAUGAGUGCUGGAAAGAUGGUGUCACUGCAGCGUGUGACGUAUGUGGUGCUAGAUGAAGCUGAUCGUAUGUUCGACAUGGGCUUCGAACCGCAGAUCACGAAGAUUAUGAUGAACAUUCGCCCAGACCGACAGACGCUGCUCUUCUCAGCAACUUUCCCUCGCUCUGUGGAAUCCUUGGCCCGGAAAGUACUGAAGAAGCCGGUGGAGAUCACUGUGGGUACACGUAGUACGGCAUCAGGCGAUAUUACGCAGUAUGUAGAAGUCCGCGAAGAAGAUGACAAGUUUAUGCGGCUCCUGCAACUUCUGGGUCUUUGGUACGAGAAGGGAAAUAUCCUAGUGUUCGUGAACAAACAGCAAGCUUGCGACCAGAUAUUCCAAGACUUGAUGAAGGCUGGAUAUCCUGCGCUCUCGCUGCACGGUGGCAAAGAUCAGGUGGAUCGGGACUAUACAAUCGAUGACUUCAAACGCAAGGUGCGAACCGUGAUGGUGGCGACUUCUGUCGCCGGUCGAGGUCUUGACGUGAAGGAUUUGGUUCUUGUUAUCAAUUACCACUGUCCCAACCAUAUGGAAGACUACGUCCACCGCGUUGGACGAACCGGACGAGCUGGUCGAAAGGGUACAGCCUACACGUUCAUCUCUCCAGAUGAGGAGGAGUACUCGGUGGAUCUUGUCAAAGCAUUGGAGAACGCAAAGCAAACUAUUCCUCCUGAACUGACCGCACUUGCAGAAGGCUUCACGGCAAAGGUCAAGCGCGGUGAGGCGAGGUAUCACGGCAGUGGGUUUAAAGGCAAAGGCUUUACAUUCGACGAGACAGAAAGGAACGAGACCCAGCGCACAGCAGACCUGCAGAGGCGUCAAUAUGAAUUGGACCAGGGCAUUUUGGUUGAGGAUUCUGGUGCAGUCGAUGACGAUGAUAUGGAAGAGCCAAGCAAGGAGAAUAUUGCUAGCACUAGCACGACUGAAAAGCAGUUUGCGCCCGCUGGUCAGAAGACGAUGCCUAUCGACAGUGGAGCGAUGUCUGCUUUCAUCAAGGCACAGAAAAUCAUCCAGAAUCUGGAUUUAAAGUACAGGGGAACCGGUUCUGGAGAGAACCACUUUGUCGAAGAGCUCGAAAUCAACGACUAUCCUCAACAGGCUCGAUGGCGAGUUACCCAGAAGGAGGCAAGCGACUCGGUCGCAGAACUCACUGGUGCUGCUGUUAUCGCGAGAGGGUCGUAUAUUCCUGCUGGCCGGAAGCCCAAUCCAUCGGAACGCAAGCUUCACUUGGCUAUCGAGGGCCCGACUCAAGCUUCGGUUAUCGACGCCAGGCGAGAACUGCAACGCAUCUUGGACGAAACCACGAUGCAGGUCGGUCUGGGCGGCGACAAAUACGGAAAGUACAGUCUGUAG